AAUCGAAUUCGAUGACAAAUUUCAUCACAAAUCUUUAUUGACUGAUGUAUUUUGUGAAGUGAUUGCAUUUAUUUAGCGUAAUUGCAUUGUAAUAGAAGUAAUUCAUUGAAUUCACAGUGCAGUUAAACUAUAAAGCACAUAAUCAUGGCUAAUGACGAAGCUAUUUUGAAACAAUACCUAUCCAAGUACCAGCAUCGCGAUUACACAGCUCGUGAGGUAAUUAAUUUGAUACAAGCACACAGAAGUCUCACUUAUCGUUUGGAGGCCUUUGUUUUCAACAAUGGAACUAGGAAGGAUCUGCUUAACUUAGAAGGGACUGUUCCAGUACACUACAAAGGAGCCUAUUACAACAUUCCAGUAUGUAUUUGGCUAAUGGACACUCAUCCAACUAAUGUACCUCUGUGUUUCGUUAAACCGACGCCCGACAUGUCUAUCAAGGUCUCCAAAUACGUGGACAGUAACGGGAAGGUCUAUCUGCCAUUUUUACAUGAAUGGAACCCACAGAAAUCAACUUUAUUGAACCUUGUUUUAGCCAUGAUAGCUGCUUUUGGGGAGUUGCCUCCAGUGUACUCUAAACCACGCAGUGAGGCAGCCAGGCCUCCGUAUCCGGUCAAUUCGUUCAUGCCUCAGCCCUAUCCAGGUGCUGGCUAUCCUCAAGUUACACCACAGACAGGCUAUCCACCACAACCAACACCAUAUCCAACUACAUCCAAUGUGCCCUAUCCUGGAUAUGGUUCGCCAUACCCUGGUGCAGGCUCAGCUGCUACUAAUGGAUUGCCAUACCCUCCAAUGCCAGGGAGCACCCCCUACCCCCCACAACAGGCUGCCUAUCAGACUGGACCAGACACUAACAGUGGAACAAUAACGGAAGAACACAUAAAAGCAUCCUUACUAUCUGCUGUUGAAGAUAAACUAAGGAGAAGACUCAAGGAGCAAUCCCAGCAGUCACAAGCAGAGCUGGAGACACUCAGGCGGACUCAACAGGAGCUUCAAGAAGGGAAAUCAAGGCUGGAGGAUAUCUUAAGUAGACUGCAGAGGGAACGCUCGGAACUGGACAAGAAUGUAGUUAUUUUACAAGAGAAAGAGAAAGAACUACAGGCAGCUGUUGAGAGAUUAGCAGAGCAAGAAGGAGUAGAUGUGGACGAGGCAGUGGUGACCACCGCUCCUUUAUAUAAUCAGCUCUUAAAUGCUUUUGCUGAGGAAGCAACUUUAGAAGACGCUAUGUACUACAUGGGAGAAGCAUUACGUAAGGAGGUCAUUGACUUGGACACUUAUUUGAAGCAAGUGCGGGCUCUGGCAAGGCGUCAGUUUACUUUGAGAGCUUUAAUGCACAAGUGCAGACAAAAAGCCCAACUGGCUUGUUAAUGAAUUGGCUUGGCAAUGUUGUGAUUUCUUCAUGAAAACCUUCAAUACUCUGGUCAAAAUGCAUUCUCAAAUAUUGAGGUCAAAAUUUAUAUGUAAUAUAUUUGAGAAAACUGUUAUUUUCUAUGAGAGUGCAUGGACUUUGGGUUGUUAUGAUUGUUUAAAGAGACUGCUUUUUCAAUUUGCAAGCAUAGUUUCUAUAAUCAGUCCCACUGUCAUCAAUAAAAAAAAAGCAAUGAUCUUAGUUUGUAAAGUUGAAGGAAAAAAUCUUGAACAUGUAUCCAUUUAAUGUUUUGCUAUUACUUAGGCCUUAUCUCUGUGGCAUCAAUAAAUAGACUCGUGUGGGUAAAUGGUACAUUUAAAUGAAUUAUUAUAAGAAAAUAUCAUAUUCAGCUCACAUGGACUAUCGAUGUUAAAUUACUGAGACUAAAUUAUUUUUGAUUUUAUGUACAAAUACAAUUGGAAAAAACCAUAGACUUAGGUUUUACACUUUUGUUUUGUGCUAUCAACAAGUAUAACAAAUAACAUUAAUGAUUUACCAUUUUAGCUUCAUUUAUUUUUGCCACUGAGAUAAGAGUAUAUAUAUCUAGCUAUUAUUACCUAGUUUUUUAUUGUAGUUAAAAUAUAUAACCAAUAUGUUUUUAUUGUCUUUAGACUUUUAAAAAAUACCUUAUUUGUAUGUAGUAUAAGAUUACAGCAGACCAAGAUAUUUUAACAGUGCAAGCAUGUAUCAUUUCCUCAAUAAUUGAUGAGUCAUCAGUCAAUUUUCUCUCGAGGAAUUUUCUAUGAAGUUAUGUUUUGAUAACUACAAAUCAAAAAAUUGCUAAGCCAAGGAAUUUUCAACCAUAUAACCUUUGGAACAUGUGUAAUUUUCCUUUUUAUUUUUAAAAUAGAUGAGUCUGUACUGUCAAUUUCACUAUUACAAUCUCUUAUGUAAUCAUAUUUAUUUGUAUUGUGAUACGCUUUUAUCAAGUAGGCUUCUGACAAGGUACUAGGUACUCCAAUUGCCAUGUGACCUUGCAUAUUUGCUACUCAGCACCUAACUACAAAUUACAAAAGUUGUGUGGUUCUUAGAUAGUUCUCCUAUUGGCUAAAAUGAGGAAAUUAAUGUUAUAAGUUUUGCAAUAAAUGACUCAUACUAUGGAUAAGUACAAUCUAAAAAGAAUCUACUUAUAAAUAUGGGGCAUGUUCUAUGAAAAGGGACCUUAUUGUCGAUGGCGCUUACGCCGCACAUCGUCGCGAUAUAUUUAUAUCGAAGCAUCGUUUAUAAUGGCGUAAGUGCCAUCGACAAUAAGGUCCCUUUUUAUAGGAAAUAUCACAUAUGAUCUUCUUAAUGUGAAAAUCCUACAGUUCACAUGUUCACUUGAUUCUUCUGUUCAAUCUAUGGGUAAUUUAAACGCUACAUACCAGAUACGUAACUAUUAGAUUUAGCGUAUUGAACAUAAGAACUUACUUUCUAUGCAUCUCGUUCAUACUCGCAUAGUAGUGCGAGCGAGAUGUAUAGAAAGUAAGUGCUAAGGCAGUCGUGGUAAGGCUACUGUUUACAUUUACCAGCGAGACUUCCACAUUUUAGGGUCAAUUGCACCAAAUUUUUUGUCAUCUAAAGAGUUUGCAAAAUUUUAUUGUAUGGAAAGUUUCAUUGUAAACCGCCGCGGCGCGCCGGGUGACGUUGAUCAGUCGGUGUAGUAUCUCUACUGGCGCUUGAAAACUAGGUGAAUACUAUUUAAGUUUAAUACAUAUAUUGAGUGCCAUUUGACAGUAAAAGAAAUCCAUCAUAAUAUGAUUACAAGGAGGAUUUUAUUAAGUAAACUAGUAGUUUUCCUUGUUGUUUUGUGUCCGAUCUGCCAGGAGACAACUAACAGUAUCACAGUUUGUUAGAAGCAAUGUUGUACCACAUUACACUAAGUUAUGUUUGGUAGAUGUGUACCACAAAAUUAAAUUUUUGGUGAAUGAUCGAAAUUAAACUAUCGUGAGACAUAUUUCAAAAUAUUUAGAUCAGUACGGUAAGCGAUUAAAAAUAAUAUUGAGUGAAACUGUACUGAUCUAAAUAUUUUGGUGAAUGCUCCAAAACCACGAUUGUAAAAAGUUAAUGUUAUGCUUUUGUUGACGUAUUAUAAAAUAUAAACAUAAUCAUAUUUAUUGAGUAAUUUCGUUAAGUAUAGUAUAGUUGUUACGCUUUUUUAAAUGAGCUACGGUGUAUUCGGGUAUUUGAAAAUCGACUCUAAAAUAAUGGCACUAGGAGUGAAUUUCGUAAUUACCCAACUUUUUAAACUUCGAAGAUACACCUCGUGUUAGUAUAGUUUCGAUGCAAAAUUGUGAAAUUAAUUAAAUUUGGACAUAAUCUCUUUGAACAGAGCGCUUUAUCAUUAGUUACUUUAGUUAGACCAUAUAGUCUACUAUCUAACUUUGAAAGUUGGGUGGCUAACUCUGCACCAUGUUUGACUGCUGUACUGCGCCCAUAGACAUAGUAUAUACAAGACUGCGCCAAAUUUUGUACUCAUCUAACGACCACAAGAACAACUUUCGACAACCAGUGCUACCGCAUAAUCUACAAUCCGUAAAGCGCCAUCUACAUCAGCAUAAUUCGAAGCACGAAUUUGUCAUAGAUUUGACUCAUCUCAUACAAUCGACACAUCACAUCUUUGGCCAUGUUUAAAUCAAGUCACAUAAUUAUGUAUUUAAAUAUUUUCAGGUGACUUAGGCCCAAAAAGUUUAACAUUUAAAAAUGAGCUCUAAAUUUGCGCACUGCAUGUUUUAUUCGUUGCUUCACAAAAGCAAAUAUAUUUUUGAGUUAUUUUUUUAGUUUGAGGAUUUAAUUGAAUUGAAUUGUUCCUUUGUACAGUUAUACAUAUUAUAAUAUAGGUACCUACAUAUAACUAGCCAUGGAAAGGUCUCAGAGGUUACUGUUAAUGAUUUUUGUAUGUCGAUUUAUGUAAGUUUUGCAUUGCCUAGGCUAGGGUGUUUAGCCAACGGGCUGCAAUUGUCACAAUAAAUAUUGAAAUUAUAUUCAAA